AUGUCGACCGUCAUUCUUGGAGGAGGCAUCAUCGGAGCCUCAAUUGGAUAUUACUUAUCUGCCAACCGACCAGAAGGCGAGAUCCACAUCGUUGAACAAUCCCCAGAGCUAUUCACCGCAGCCUCGGGAUAUGCCGCAGGUUUCCUAGCCAGAGAUUGGUUCGAGCCAUCUGUUGCGCCCCUUGGUGCGAUGUCCUUCGACUUGCACCAUGAGCUCGCUGCAGAGCAAGGCGGGGACAAAAAGUGGGGAUUUAUGAAAGGAACAGCAUUCAAUUUGGAUACCGUUGCUCAACGCAAGCGAGGCGGCCCCCGCGGUGACGAUUGGCUACGAACGGGCACUAGCAGAGCAGAGACCGCAGCUGGAUCCGAGGAUACCACUCCGGUUGAAUUUCCGGAAUGGUUGACCAUGCAGAAAGAGGGAAUCCUGGAGAAAAUCAGCCAGGGCGAAACCGUGGCUCAAGCAGAUCCAUUACGGUUGAGCCAAUUCCUCAUUGAUGGUGCUAUCUCUCGAGGUGCUAAGCUUCAUAACCCAGCCCAGGCCACCGAAAUAAUCAAGGAUGGAAACGGCACCAUUACCGGUGUCAAAAUCGUGUCAUUGGAUUCCAAGAAAGAGUCAAUCAUUCCGUGUACAAACCUUGUUCUGAGUAUGGGACCGUGGACACCACAGGUUCUCAGAGAUCUGUUUCCAGCCUCUCAGGUAUCAUUUGAUAUAUCGCCUUUGGCUGGCUAUUCACUGGUUGUUCGGUCCCCUCGGUAUACAAUGGAGCACGAGAAAAACGUUUACCGUGGAAGUAGCCAUGCUGUCUUCACCACACACCCUCCGUCCUGCGGGUUUAGCCCCGAGAUCUUCCUCCGGGAAGGCGGAGAGAUUUAUAUUGCUGGUCUUAACAACCCCGCGAUGAAGCUUCCGUCUUGUUCCGCGGAUACGAAGCAGCUUUUUGAUCCUUCCGAGAUGCAAAAACUCAAGGAUGUUGCAGUCCGUUUAAUGGGAGGUCUUCCCAAGGAUGCAAAUGAGGCUACCGACGAGGUGGCAAACACAGACGACUUGGAGAUUAUCCGUGAAGGGCUGUGCUUCCGCCCAGUGGGAAAUACUGGAAAUCUUGGUGUUCCCACAAUUGGAAGAGUUGGAGAUUACUCUUUGGGAGGAGUGAAGGCAAACCCCAACGGAGGCGUCUUCAUAGCCGCUGGGCAUGGGGCGUGGGGAAUUUCCUUGAGCCUGGGAACUGGAAAGGUUGUUUCUGAAAUGAUCAAAAAGCAAAAGCCUUCAGUGGAUGUGAGCGGCUUGGCCGUUCAAGACAAAAUUCCUAGUCCCAAGCUUUAA